AUGAAAGUUGCUAAUUUGCUAGGAGCUCUUGCUCUCUUGGCUCUGGCUUCCUCAUUUGCCACUGCCUAUGACCCCAGCCCCCUUCAAGACAUAUGUGUAGCCAUAAACGAUACUGAUUCUGCUGUCCUCGUCAAUGGGAAAUUUUGCAAGAAUCCAAGCCUUUACACUCCAGAUGAUUUCUCGUUUUCUGGGUUUGAUGUUCCUGGAAACACGUCAAAUCAACUUGGAGUGCAUGUUAAUAUAGUGACGGCCGAUCUAAUGCCAGGACUUAACACUCUUGGUGUAUCUAUGGCACGUAUAGAUUUUGCUCCAAAUGGUGGCCUGAACCCUCCACACUAUCACCCUAGAGCGUCAGAGCUUCUAUUGGUUGUGAAGGGCACUCUUUAUGCUGGUUUUGUCACGUCAAACCCUGAUCAUCGUCUCUUUGCAAAGAUUCUAAAACCAGGAGAUCUCAUUGUGUUUCCAUUUGGCCUCGUUCACUUUCAGUUGAAUAUUGGAAAAACUCCAGCAGUUGCUAUCGCUGCAUUAACAAGUCAAAAUCCAGGAGUAAAUACAGUAGCAAAUGCAAUCUUUGGAGCCAGUCCCUCUAUUAAUCCUGCUGUCAUCACCACAGCAUUCCAUUUGGAUAGAAAACUUGUGGAGGAUCUCCAGAGUCAAGAAUGGGUGAACCCUACAUAA